CGUCAGCAGCAGCAGCAAACGUUGACGAGCGGUGUGUGUGCGCGUGUGUGUUGUACGGCAGCAGCAGCAGCAGCAGCAGCAGCAGCAACAGCAGUGCUCGGCGGGCGGCGGCCAUCGAACGCGGUGUUUCCGAUACCGGCCGACCGGAAGUAGACGUUAGCUCCGUAUUCGGAUCUGUUUCCGGGCAGCGCAAAUACGAUCCACGUCACCGUGGUGGUAGGAGGGUGCGUGGAGGUGGAGGAUUUAUAAUCCGAAAGGAUUAAAAUCUCCAUCGAACAAUGACUCAAUGGUUUGCUCGCUGGAUGAAACAAUGAGUACAUUUAUGGAAACCUGUAAUGACACAGAAAUGAACUCAACAUUUAAUUUCAGUUUGGAAGAAGUAUAUUCUAUUUUAUUGGAGCACAGACGUGAUUCCCGAAAUUUGGACAAAAGUACUGAGACUCUGCUGAUAAUCGUGUACUUGGGUUUGAUGAUCGUCGGGCUGUCGGCCAACCUGACCGUGAUUUACGUGGUGGCCAGACGUGCGCAGAUGCACACUUCCCGGAAUCUGUACAUAGUCAACUUGGCCGUUUCCGACAUGACUCUGUGCUUGGUGUGCAUGCCAUUCACGCUGACGUCGAUUUUACGACACCAGUGGUCCAUGGGCACCGUGUUGUGCAAACUCGUGCCACUGUUGCAGGGUACCAACAUCAUGGUAUCGGUAGGCACGAUCACGGUGAUAGCCAUAGAUCGAUACUGGGUGAUCGUCCGCGGAUCUGCGCAAAACGAAAGGCGCACAGUGUACGUGUCCAUAGCUAUUGUAUGGUUGUUGGCCGUCUUGACCACAUCACCAGUAGCUUAUUACCAGGUGGUCGAACCGUUAAAAUUUCAACAUGUAGUUUUAUACGAAUCUUGUCGGGAAAAAUGGCCUUCAACCGAUAUCAAAGUGGCCUAUAAUAUAGCAGUAGUGCUCAUUCAAGCAGUACUACCCGCCACUGUUCUUUUGGUGGUUCAUAUUCGUAUUGCAGCAUAUUUACACGCACACACUGCUUCUCAAAAAGACUCGAGGCGUGCACAGCGAGAACUUCAAAGAAACAAACGGACCACCCUACUUCUGAUAGGAGUGGCAGUCGUCUUCACUGUGAGUUGGCUUCCGUUGGCCGUGUUCUCGUUGGCCGCUGACUUGAUGACCCAGCCGAUGACGACCAAACAGCUGUAUGUGACGCUUGCGGUUUGUCACCUGACCGCCAUGACCUCAGCUAUUUCCAACCCGAUCAUUUACGGCUGGAUGAACUCCAACAUCCGCAACGAGCUGUUUCAACUGUUCUACUCGAAAAUCCUGAGACGGCAACCGGGCAACCGGUCCACGGCGACAGCCACGACAACCAUCAGGAACAGGACCCAACCUUUGAUCACGUACAACACUUCAAAUUACAUGCCUGGAAGUCAGGAGAGGUUUUCGAGGGGAGUCACUGUGCUUUAGGCCGGAUAAGUGGAUGACCACGGCCGUUCCGCCGAAGUGGCAACGUUUCCAGAAUUUACUUUAUUUUCAUGUUUCGUAUGACAUCCCAUCCUCUAUCGCGUUAUUGCAAAGACCCGAUAUUAAUUUAUAAUACGAAAAAGUUACAUCAUUUUACCACUACGAUCUUAUAAUUAUAAUCCAGGGGUUCUCAACCGGUGAUUCAUCUCCGUAGAUGUUUAAUCGAGCUUUCGUGAAGUCGCUCUGAACUUUUUUUUUAAUAUUAACAUUUUGUUUUUAAUAGUUCGAACUAUUUGAUGACUUAGGUUCACCCACCUGUGGUUACGGUAUUCAUUGUUAUGAUUAAAAUUAAAAUAUAAAAUUUUAUAAUACUUUUUUAAAGUUAUCAUUAAAUAAUAAUCAAAAUCAAAAUUUGUUUUUAUUUAUGGAUGCAUGACUAUACUUUAUAUCUUAAUGUGGUACAAUCCGGUACAUGGCCUGAAAGGUUAAGACCCACUAUCCACUGAUAUAAACUAUAUAGGUAGUAAAGAUAUCAUAAUGUAUUAUUAAAUGUACCAAUACAGAAUACAUGCUGGAUGUAACUGAAAUAACUUACAAAUGUAAUUAACCAACUAUAUUGUGAUAGCACUAUAAUAACUAUAUAUUUAUUCGAUCAAAAGUUAUUACAUAAUAUUGUCAACCACAUGUUACAUCAGUUCUUUAUGUCAAAGAUCGUAUAUAAUUAAAUACAUUUGUACUGCCAUGGCUCACGACUUAUUGAAUGAUUAGUGUGAUUGGUGUAUUCUUUUUUUUCUCUUUUUGUCCAACUUUCAACAUAAUACUGUCAUUUAACACUUUUUGUAAAAUCGUAAUUAAAUAAUUUAUAUGAUAUAUUAUUAAAAAUACGAUACAAAAUGAUAUAUUUAUAAGUAUAUUAUAUUUUUUGUUUCGCAGAUUAUACAAUUGUUAAAUGUGGUGCAUGUUAUACAUUAUAGCCGCAAAUGACAUUAAAAUAAGAAAAUUAAAUAAAUAUAUUUGUUGCUUUAAAAUGACUAGCAUUUAAAUAAUCAUGACAUAGGGAACUCCAUAAUGUACAUCUGUAUUUUGAUUUCAUGAAAAAACAUAAUCAUACAACAAAAAUACAUCAUAAAAAUAUUAGCUGGAUAGACGA